AUGGAAGGUCUGAUGAAAGUGAUACGAGGCCUCAAGCCACGGAUCGUGGUUGUGUUGGAAAUGGAGUCGAAUCACAAUUUGACCACGUUGUCGCCUCGAUUCGUCGAGGAGCUCUUCUCGUUCGCCUCGGUCCUUGAUUGUCUGGAGGGGAGGGCAGCAGGGGUCGGUGCAACAGGGUCGGUGCAGAGGAGAGGCAGUGACCGGGGAAGGGAAGGGAGACCUCACUGGGGCACUCGCCAGCAGGGGCUCGCCCAAAUCGGAGGGAAAUGGCGACGGGGAACGGCGCUGGGGAAGAUGGCGAUGGCGACGGGUCACAGGCGACGGGUCACAGGCGCUGGGGAAGACGACGAUGGAGACGGGGAACGGCUGGGGAAGACGGCGAUGGAGACGGGAACGGCGACGAGGAGGAAUGGCGGCGAUGGAGACGGGGAACGGCGACGAGGAGGAACGGCGGCGAUGGGAUUUGGAGUUCGGAAGCGGCGCUUCCUUGUCUCUACGAAGAAGAAGAUGGAAAAUUAA